AUGACAGUUGCUUUCCAAAGCAUCAGCAGUGAUCCCUGCUACAACUAUGAGUCUCUGGAUCGUCCCUGGAGAGCCAACAAUGAAAGUGGAGAUUACAUUUGUGAUGAACAUUUCUCCUGGAAUGGCUGGUACCGGCUUUUCUACAAUGGAAUGGACAUCCAGAUGUCAGAGACCUGUGUUAGUUCAUACAGCUGUAACACAUACAUCAAUCUGUGGCUCAGUGAUCCUCACCCUCAGAUAGAGGAUGGAGUGGUGAUCAGGGAGCUCUGUGGAGGGUCUUAUUGGGGAGGCUGCUGUGCAUACAAGUUAAACCCCAUCAGAGUGAAAGCGUGUCCAGGCAAUUACUAUGUCUAUGAACUUGUGAAUCCACAAUUAUGGUGUGCCGGAUACUGCACAGAUGUCAACACCAUUUCACAGGCAGUUUCCACUGUAAGUCCAGAUAUAUUCACUGGAUCCAGUAUCACCUUGAAUUAUGACCCGUGCAGUAACUACAACAUACUCGACAACCAAUGGAGAACACUCAAUUAUCAGAAUAUUGGUGAAUCUUUAACUGAUCAUGAUGACACUCGUGUAGAAUGGGAUGGCUGGUAUCGACUCUUCAUUAAUGGAUCAAGUGCUCAGAUGCCUGAAUGGUGUUUGCCUUCCAUGUCAUGUGGAGGUUAUAGUGCUCUGUAUCUUGGUGGCUCUCAUCCUCGGCUAGAAGAUGGAGUUGUUACUUGUGAAAUUAACGGCUCCCGUGGUGGUCAGUGCAGUCGCUACAGAUCCAACCCAAUCCAAGUCAAAGCUUGUCCUGGAAAUUAUUAUGUCUACAAAUUUACCAGACCGACUCUUUCAAUCCCAGCUCCUGUAUAUUGUGCAGUUGCUUUCCAAAGCAUCAGCAGUGAUCCCUGCUACAACUAUGAGUCUCUGGAUCGUCCCUGGAGAGCCAACAAUGAAAGUGGAGAUUCCAUUUGUGAUGACUCUUUCUCCUGGAAUGGCUGGUACCGGCUUUUCUACAAUGGAAUGGACAUCCGGAUGUCAGAGACCUGUGUUAGUUCAUACAGCUGUAACACAGAAAUCAAUCUGUGGCUCAGUGAUCCUCACCCUCAGAUAGAGGAUGGAGUGGUGAUCAGGGAGCUCUGUGGUAGUUAUCAAUGGAGUGGCUGCUGUGCAUACAAGUUAAAACCCAUCAGAGUGAAAGUGUGUCCAGGCAAUUACUAUGUCUAUGAACUUGUGAAUCCACAAUUAUGGUGUGCCGGAUACUGUACAGAUGUCAGCACCAUUUCACAGGUGGUUUCCACUGUAAGUCCAGAUAUAAUUACUGGAUCUGGCAUCACCUUGAAUGAUGACCCGUGCAAUAACUACAACAUACUUGACAAUGACUGGAGAAGAACACUCCGUUCCUGGUAUAUGGAUGAAUCUUUAACUGAUCAUGAUGACACUCGUGUAGAAUGGGAUGGCUGGUAUCGACUCUUCAUUAAUGGAUCAAGUGCUCAGAUGCCUGAGUGGUGUUUUUAUUACAUGUCAUGUGGAGGUUUUAGUUCACUGUAUCUUGGUGACUCUCAUCCUCGGCUAGAAGAUGGAGUUGUUACUCGUGAAAUUUACGGCUCUCGCUAUGAUCAGUGCAGUCGCUACAGAUCCGACCCAAUCCAAGUCAAAGCUUGUCCUGCAAAUUAUUAUGUCUACAAAUUUACCAGGCCAAGUGUUUCAAUCCAGUUCCUGUAUAUUGUGCAGUAGUAUCUUUAAGCACUCCAAGUGUCGACCCCUGCGACAACUAUACCAGUCUGGACGAGCCUUGGAGAGCCACUGACAAUUCCUAUUAUAGUAAUUAUUACUACUCUGACG